UUGGCGUGACCAUAAAAAGCGUAAGCGUUCCUGCACACGAUGCCGUCACCGCGCCGUCGCCGCGCCGACGCCGCGCAAUUACACUGUAGAUACGAGUCGCGCGAAGCCCGCCACCGCGUCGCCGCCGCGCCGCCACCGCGCGCGUUCCCCUAACUCCUUGUUUGUUUGAUUCAUUCCAUUACCGGCCGCGUACGAACGUGCACGCCGCGAGAUCGCACGUGACGCAAACAUGUCUUAUAUAAUGAAAAAAAAGAAAUUUGUGCUUGCCUACUAUAUGUAUAGAAAAUGGCAAAAAGAACGUCGAGUUAGAAAGUUGUGGGUUCAUCCUAUGCUGUCGGCACGGGAGCAAUUUGGUGAAUUUCAUACACUUUACGAAGAUCUCCGAAAAGACGAGGCCAAAUUUUGUGAUUAUUUUCGAAUGAAUUACAAGACAUUUGAUAAAUUAUUAGAUUUAUUUAAGAAUAAACUGCAACACACAAAUACAAAUAUGCGAGCAAGUAUAUCUGCUAAGGAGAGAUUGGUUGUUACAUUGAGGUAAAUAAAAUAAAUAUAAUAUAUAUUUAAUUAUUCUGAUGUAAUGUAGAAAAAUCAAAAUCAAUCAAGCUUGAAGUAGAUGGACUUGGAAUGCUUUGUAAUGAAUCGUUUUCAAUGCUAUAAUUCGAAGCCUGUGAUUGAACUCUCGUACUGGGUCCAGCAUUAGUAUUGUAACCGUAGUGUGCCGGGGUGUCCAUUGCGCCUGCUGUGCGUGAAUGAUGUGGAGCGCUAUAACUAUUUUUAUAUUGGAUAUUUCUUAUAAUAUUCAAUACUUGGUACUGGAAUUCAACAAUAUCUUCGUCUUUGAAGCGUUCCACGGUAUUUAGCAACCGGAACUUCAUUAGCCGAUCUUGAAUAUCGUUUUAGAAUGGGAAAAUCAACUUUAAGCGUAAUCAUACGAGAAGUGUGUUCUCUAAUAUGGUCUGAACUUUACCCAAAAUAUAUGAAAAUGCCAUGUAUAAACGAUUGGCUAGAAAUAGCAAAUAAAUUUGAAGUGUCUGCUAAUUUCCCUCAUUGUGUCGGUGCUGUAGAUGGAAAGCACAUCAGAGUAAUAAAACCAAAUAAAAGUGGAUCGAUGUUUUUGAACUACAAACAUUACUUCUCGAUUCUAUUAAUGGCAGUCGCCGAUAGUGACUACAACUUUAUUUAUAUCAGUGUCGGUGCUUAUGGAAAGGAUUGUGAUUCAGGUGUUUUUAAAGACACAGCUUUCUGGCACAACAUGAUUAACAAUACUUUGAACUUGCCAGGACCUACUUCCUUACCUAAUACCAACAUUGCCUUGCCAUAUGUAUUCGUAGGUGAUGAAGCAUUUGCAUUACAUCAGAAUUUACUGCGCCCAUAUAAUAGUCAAAUGCUUGAUGCAGAAAAAUCCGUUUUUAAUUAUCGGUUAACAAGAGCGAGACGAUAUGUAGAAUGCACCUUUGGGAUACUGGCCAAUAAGUGGCGAAUUUUUCAUCGACCUUUAAAUGUGUCAUUGGAUUUGGCUGUUGAUGUUGUGAAAGCUUGUUGUUUACUGCAAAAUUUUAUACACAAAGAGGAGGGCGUAAAAGGGGUCCAAGAAUCUCUAAGCGGGUGUGAAUUAGAGGAGUUUUUGCCAUUUGAUUCAACAGAAAUGGUUCCUACAACAGCUAAUGAAAUACGUGACAAAUAUAAGGAGUAUUUUAAUUCUGAAUAUGGCAGUGUACCAUGGCAAAAUAAUUAUUGUUAAUAUGUAUGCGAAACAUGUUUCUAUCUAGCGGGAAUACUCAAGCUACUACUAGUAGUGAUGGGACUCGAGUGACUUUUUUUCACUCAAGUCACUCGCCAGUGAAAACCGAUUUACUCGAGUGUCACUCGAGUAAAGAUGAGACUCGAGUAUUUUUUUUUUCGAGUGAAUCAUUCGAGUCACACGUAAUCCGAGUCAUCAAAAAUAUAACUCGAGUGGGAGUAAAAACAAAACUACUCGAGUAACUCGAGUGAAACACGGCUCGAGUCCCAUCACUAACUACUAGUAGCAAGUGAUUGCUUGUUUAAUGUAGGUACCUACCACACGAAAUUGCUUACGAGAUAUACUAUCCACACACUAUAUAAUACACUGUUGCAUUACGAUUUAAAUAAAAAACAUACUGAUCGUGUCUUGUCCCAAACUUCCUUUAAGUCAGCUACUUAUAUAUUUUUUCGUUUGGCCUCACUAGAUAGAAAUACAUUAACAAGAAUAAAUAAAAUUUUGUAAAAAGAUA